UGAGGCUAAAACGGUAAUAAUAUGACAUCGUUUAGAAUCUUUCCAUGGUCAAGUUAAGCCUCCUCCUCCUCUACCACUUGACUUGGGCAAAUGGAUGACGCUGGAUUCCUUUUCAUGGAAAAAUCACAUUUUCUCUAUUACCAAAGUAAACAGACCCAUUUCGCUAAAAACUAGAUUAUGUCAAUUAAAAGAUAUUUAUUGUUGGGAAACAUGGAAGUAACUCGAUCUUUUCUUAGAGACAGAAUAACCCCUUGAAAUUGACGCUUGUUUAUCUAUCUCAAUCAAAAAGAGCUGUUAUACUGAUUGCCAAAGCUCAUUCUUUUUAUAAGAGAAAUGGGCUCAACCAAUAAUGGGAAGCAAAAAGAGGAAAUUGAGGAAUCUAAUGGUGCUAAACCCCCAGGUCAAACUCCUUUCGACAUUUCAACUUCUAGGAAGAUAUUAUUGAGCAAUGAGGACCCUCAAACAAAGAAGCUCCAAGAAAGCUUAACUUCAGUUCCCAAUAGAUUAAAGUUUCUUAAAUUUGGGUCUGCAUCUGCCAAAUUCAAGCGGUUGGCACAGGAUAGAGAUGAGAUGUCACGCUCAGUGGCUUCUUCAAGUGGUCAUGGUUUUCGUGAGCGUAUCAAUGGGGUUUUUGCUCGCAAGAUUGAUUGGGGGUCUCUGAUGAAAAUGGGCAAAGAAUGGAUUCGGGACCCAAUGAACAUGGCCCUUUUUGUGUGGAUUUUGUGUGUUGCUAUUUCAGGUGCAAUUUUGUUCCUAGUCAUGACUGGAAUGUUGAAUCGUGUCUUGCCGAAGAAGUCGCAAAGAAAUGCAUGGUUUGAAGUGAAUAAUCAAAUACUUAAUGCAUUAUUUACUCUUAUGUGUCUCUACCAGCAUCCGAAAAGGUUCUACCACCUUGUACUUCUUUGUAGAUGGAAACCAGACGACAUUUCUAGACUCAGAAAGAUUUACUGCAAGAAUGGGACCUACAAGCCCCAUGAGUGGGCGCACAUGAUGGUUGUUGUUGUUCUGCUCCAUGUGAAUUGUUUUGCUCAAUAUGCACUUUGUGGUCUAAACUGGGGUUACAAGAGAUCUGAACGACCCCCUAUAGGAGUUGGAGUGUGUAUAUCUUUUGCAAUAGGUGCACCUGCAAUUGCCGGACUAUACACCAUCAUUAGUCCCCUUGGGAGGGAUUACAAUGAAGUGGAUGAGGAAGCGCAGGUUCACAUCAUCUCAGAAGAGAGUAAGAGACCAGAGCAGUUAAGAAUAAAAUCACUAGAAAAGAGGUAUUCCUUUGCAAAUAGAGAUGAACAAGAAGUUGUUGAAACUUCACCACAAUGGAGUGGAGGGAUCCUUGAUUUUUGGGAUGACAUUUCUCUGGCAUAUUUAUCACUUUUCUGUACAUUUUGUGUCUUCGGAUGGAAUAUGGAGAGGCUCGGAUUUGGGAACAUGUAUGUUCAUAUUGCAACCUUUCUUCUCUUUUGCAUGGCUCCUUUCUGGAUUUUUAAUUUGGCGGCCAUUAAUAUAGAUAAUGAGACUGUCAGGGAAGCAUUGGGACUUACCGGUAUUAUUCUUUGUGCAUUUGGUUUGCUCUAUGGUGGCUUCUGGAGGAUUCAAAUGAGAAAGAGAUUUAAUUUGCCAACUUAUGCCUUCUGUUUUGGUGAACCAGCAGUCUCUGAUUGCACACUCUGGCUAUGUUGUUGUUGGUGCUCUUUAGCGCAGGAAGUAAGAACUGGGAACUCUUAUAAUAUUGUGGAAGAUAAAUUUUGCAGAAAACAUGUGGACAGUAGUAAACAUCUGCAUCCCUUGCCUCGUGAAGAUGGUUCUGGCCCUAGUUCUCAACCUGGCUAUAACCACAGUCCAUCAAAGAUUGUGACAGCUAAUUCUCCAAGUCCCAGCAGAUUAAUAAAUGAGCAUUGUAAUUCAGAUAGGCCGCUUUCUACAGUACAAGAAGAGCUUUCUGCAGUUAGCAAGGAUGAGACCAUGAUCCCCCCAUCUCCAUCACUGAUAGAAAGAAAAGCUACAUAGCUGGAACAUAAUGUAGAUAACAUUCUUGAUAUUGGUAACGAGUUAAUGUGAAAUGGUAAUGUAAAUUUUACAUGUAUCUUGAGUGUAAUCCAAUGCAAUACAUAUUUACGUCUUCUUAA